CUUCACCCGCCAUCUUUCUUCAUGGCAACGCCACCGUCACUGCUGUCUCCAUCCAGACGGCUGAGGGAAUUUGGGGUCGCCGGACCUCAGGCGGCUGUAGGACCGCUCCACCCUGGAGCCGCGUGAGGCUACCUGAGGUCCGGAGCUCAGCUAUGGAGUCUGUAUCCUUUGAGGACGUGGCUGUGCGCUUCACCGCAGAGGAGUGGGCUUUGCUGGAUUCUUCCCAAAAGAGGCUACACAGAGAUGUGAUGCUGGAGACCUGCAGGAACCUGGCAGCCAUAGCAGAAAAACAAGAAGACUGGAUCCUUGAAGCUGGCUCUGAAAAUGUAAGGAAGCCUCUUCCCAUUUCAGUUCAGCCUGAAGACAAACUAUAUGAGAAUCAAGGAUACACAGGGAAACGAGGCGCAUGUCAGGAGUGUGGGAAAUUCUUUAGUUCCCCCCAAAGUUUUCUGGAACAUAUGAAGACUCACACUGAAGAGAAAACUUAUAAAUAUAAGCAAACUGAAGAUUUUAGCAGACACAGUUUUGUUCAGGGGCAUGAAAGAAUGCGUGCUACAGAAAAGCCCUGUGUUUUAAAGCAGAGUGGGAAAGACUCUUUGACUCUUGCAGGUAUUCAACAGCACAUAAUAACACAUAAUGGAGGUGGGCCAUAUAUAUGUAAAGUAUGUGGUAAAGCCUUUCACUCUUCCAGUUCUUUCUUGACACAUAAAAGAACUCACACUGGAGAACAGCUUUAUAUAUGUAAGCAAUGUAACAAAACCUUCACUUAUUCCAGUGGCCUUCGCCGUCACGAAAGGACCCAUAGUGGAGAGAAACCCUAUGAAUGCAAGCAAUUUCUGAAAGUCUUUCCUUCGUUGAGGAAGGUUGAAAGUCAUGAACAAACUCACAAUGGAAUAAAAUACAUAUGUAAUCAAUGUGGGAUAGCCUUCAGCGAUCACAGUUCCCUUCAGUGCCAUGAAAAGAUUCAUAGUUUAGAGAAACCCUUUGUAUACAAGCAGUGUGGGAAGACAUUCACUUGUUCUAGUGCCUUGCGAAGACAUGAACGAAUUCAUACUGGAGUGAAGCCCUAUGAAUGCAAGGUAUGUGGGAAAGCCUUCAUUGAUUGCAGUUCUCUUCAGUGUCAUGAGAGGAUCCACAGUGGAGAGAAACCUUAUGUAUGUAAGCUGUGCGGGAAAGCCUUCAGUCGUCAGGGCUCUCUGAAAUGUCAUGAAAGGAUUCACAGUGGCGAGAAGCCCUAUGCAUGUAAGCAGUGUGGGAAAGCCUUCAUGCAUCACAAUGCUCUUCGAUACCAUGAACAGAUUCACAGGGGAGAGAAGGCCUAUGGCUGUAAGCAGUGUGGGAAAGCCUUUGUGUUGAGCAGCGCACUGAAAAAACAUGAGCGUGUCCAUAGUGGAUUGAAACCUUGUCUAUGCAGGGUGUGUGGGAAAGCCUUCACAUUCCAUAGUUCCCUCCAUUGCCAUGAAAGAACUCACACUGGGGAGAAACCCUAUGUAUGUAAACAGUGUGGGAAAGCCUUUAUGUAUCACAGUUCUCUGCGUUGCCAUGAAAAUAUUCACAGUGCAGAGAAACCCUAUGUGUGUAAGCUGUGUGGGACAGCCUUCACUUAUCACAGUUCUCUUCAACGCCAUGAAAGAAUCCACAGGGGAGAGAAACCAUAUGUAUGUAAAUUCUGUGCAAAAGCCUUCACUGAUCACAGUUCCCUACGAUGCCAUGAAAGAAUUCACACUGGAGAGAAACCAUAUGUGUGUAAACAGUGUGGGAAAUCCUACAGUACUCAUGGUUCCCUUAGAUACCAUGAAAGGGUGCACUGUGUGUGAGCUAUGUUGGACGACCUUCUCUUUAAAUAAGUUUUAAUCUCAUUAACUUAAAAAACAAACAAACAAAAAAACAUAUGAUUGUAAGCUAUGUGAAUAAGCCUUAGCAUAUUCUGGUUCCCUUAAACAAAACAUGAAUGGAGACCCAGUGGAAACUUAUCUCUAAAUAGAGACUAAAAGAAAGCUCCAUAUCUUUCUAGCAAACAUGAUGGCAUAAUGAAUUUAACUUGGAUCAAUGUAAAGCAUGUGGAACUCUCUCUACUUGUCUCAGUUCAGUUCUCAGAAACCACUAUGGGGAUGAAGAAAUGGCUCAGUUUGUAUAGUCCUUGCCGUAGAAGCAUGAGAUCCUGGGUUUACAUCCUCGGCACCUGGAUAAAAGCCAGACAUGACGCACAUGCCUACAACCCCAGUGCUAGGGAGGCAGAGACAAAAGAGCCCCUAAGACUUGCUGGUUAGCUAGUCUACUCAGGUCAGUUCAGGUCCAGUAAGAGUUCUCAAACAAUAAAGUGGAGCAUGAUUAAGAAAGACACCCAGCACACAAAAGGCAACAGUCUGGACUUCCCUACAAGGCUUUUGUCAUACAUCAACCUCUGGCCUCUGUGUGCAAAUGCAGUGUGUACCCACACGUGUGAACACUCAUCCACAUGGUCGUGCAAUGUGGGGCAGUGGGCUAUGCGACCCUGCACGACAAUGCACACCACACACAUAAAAGAGCACACCAUAUCCAGAACCUCGAUUAGAAGAAACCUGCAAGUCUUCAGUUGGUCCGUAUAUCAAAAUACACAGUCAAAACCUUAUAAAUGUAGGUAGAAUUGUCUUUUGUAGCAUACAGUGUCAAAGUCUGAUGCAGUAGGACUCUGUUAACACAAGUAAUGUGAGGAACCUGGUGUAAAAUAAUUUGUGUAGAAUGCUUUAGAAAUUUCACUGCUUAGAGGAGGGUUUGUCAGGGGCACAUUCGUAGGUAGAUCUGAAUAAUACAGUAUACUCCUUAUCUUAUUCUUGAAAAUAAAUGUUUUAGUGAGAUUAUUUAAUAAUGUUAAAUAGUUGCUUAAUCUGUAGUUUCACUGUUAGUAAAGUCAGUUGAUACCUUUUCCUGCUUUUAAUUUAAACAUUGAAUUGAUGCCUUUCUAAUAAUUUUCUAAUUUUCUAAUUUUUAUGUAUUUUUAAAAUAAUUGUGUCUAAUGGACCUAUAAAAAUGUUUAAUUGAGCUGGGAAAGUGACUCAAUGGAAAAGCAUCAGGACUGAGGUCGUAUCCCGAGUACCCAUGUAAAAAGCCACAUGUAGCCAAAACAUGCCUGUAAUGUCAUUGCUGAAAGUGGGGAUGGUGCUGGAAUGGGGGAUGGGACUUGCUAGCCAGUCGAUCUAGGUGAAAAACAAGCACCAAGAUUAGUGGAAGACCAUGUCACAAGCGAAGAUGCAGAGGCAGUAGAAGAGAACGCCUGAAGUUGUCCCUGGCUUCCAUUCAUACAAGCUAGGUGCUCAUACAAAAGGCAGUUAAUAGUCUGGAUUUUCCUGCUAGGCUCUUGUCAUGGAUCAUAUAUAUAUAUAUUCAGAACAAAUGACUUUGAAAGUGGAUUUAAUUAUUUUUCACCUCUUUUUUACCUUAAGAAAACCAAUAGCUUUAUUUUUUUCUCAAAUACACAGUUAGGAAAUUAGUCUGAGAAGAGAUUUUGUGAUGUAAACUAGAUAAAGUAUGUACAGAAUCUAAAAAGUGCUAGACAGAAGCCCCACAGCCUAGGGCCUGCCCAUCAGAGGGGAAGCCAGGUCUUUGAUGGUUUUAGAGUUCACAAGAGGGAUUCUGAUCUUCAGGAGUCGGCUGCUGGCAUACUUGACAGUGAUGAACUUGGUGAGGUUUUUCAUUGACUUUCACAACAUUCUUGGCCAUGUGCUGCAUGACUCCCAGUGCAUCACUCUCCGAGUACCCUGUGUAAUACUGCUGCUUUACAUUCUAUUUUCCUUGACCCAGCACCGUCCGAGUCAGGCAGGAAGCAGCAGCUGCAGCCUGGGAACUGUGAUGUCAUCACUGAUGAGUGCCACCUCCAUCAGAUGCUUGGCUAAAGUGUGUUCAACCUUAAGAAGUAGAAUGGCAAAGGCCAGCCCAACUCCAAUUUCAACUCUUUCAAAAUCAGUCUCCAUUUCUCAGAGUUGGGAGCCGGUAUAAGCAUUGUCUGUGAUAUAAACAAAGCCUUCAAUACUCAGAAAAAACAUCAUAUUUGGAAGUCAGAAGCAGAGCUGCGAUCCCAACCAGCUGCAGCUUCUCUCUGCAGGCCAGCUGAACCUGUAGGAACUGGUCUAUGAUGGCAGUGCACAUGUAUGGAGUUUCCUGUGGAAGCCUAAACUUGGAAUGCACUUAGACCAACUUUGUUUCCAGUUUCUUCUAAAACUACCCACUCAUCAGUCGCAUGACUCUUAGCUUUAGGAUUAACUCCUGCAUCAAGAUUCUUCAAAUCACUGGACAUCUUGGGGCAUCAGAGUAGCAACGUGAGGGCCAUCCUGGGAAGUGUAGAUGAGGCACUGUGGUCCACGGCACCACAGGUCAAGUAAGAAUCCUGUGCAUGGUUUAUAGUUUUAACUAUUUUCAACAGUAUAUAUAUAUGUGUGUGUGAUUUUUUAUAUAUAUAUUGACAACAUAUCUAAAAAUAACCAUAAAGAGAUCAACUUCACAAUUUUUCAAAUUUUUUUGUCAAUCAUUAUUGCCAAAAUGCUGAUGAAAAUCCCUUAUGUAGUGGGAUCCUAUUAAUUAAUGCUCUAUUCCUAUGUAAAUUUUAUCAUAUUUAUGUUACAGCUUUUUAUCAUAAUUUUCUCUUACCAAAAGAUACAUCCUACUGGUUUAAGUGUACUCUGGCCAGAGAUCACCAGUAACAGAUUGCAGUAAUAAAUCUAUCUACAUACCAUA